AUGGCGACGAAGGAACUCGCUGAUUCGUGGUUUUUAAAGUACCUGAUCCCAGAUCCUAUCACGGGCCAGACCCUGCUCAACACAGUGUCUCGCAUGGAGAAGGGCCAGAGUACCUUGUGGAGCGAAUGUGAUUCCGAAACCGAAGAUGUGGCCUUUUCCGUUGCAUUCCGAGACUCGCUGAGCGUGCAUCUUGCGGAGCAUCCGAAAUCGGUGUCCAUUCUGUCGGCGGCUUCGUCACACAGUCUCAGACAUGUCAUAGAUUGGCCUACUUUCAUAAAUCUCAAGUCUUCCGAAGAGUUUUCCGAAUGUGAUGCUGUGGGUCGCACAGGACUCAUUUGGCUAGUGUUCACUGUGCAUAUCAAGGGUGUAGAAGCCCUGUUGGACUCCUCGGGUGGUGUGGCUUCCAUUACAUUAUCCGACUCGCAUGGUAACACAGCGUUGCAUUACGCAGCUGCAGAAGGAAAUACCUUGUGUGUCCAGUUACUGUUGGACCGCGGUGCUGAUCCAUAUGUGAAGAACCAUUUUGGAGAGACUCCCGCUGAUCUAGUGAUGAACCAUCAGCACAAGGAGUGCUGGGCUCUUCUGACAGAAAAGUACCCGGACUUUGAAACCCCAGAAGACUCUCUCUUGGACAAGAUGCUCAUGUCAAAAAAGGGUCAUCUUGCAUUUCCAGGGCUCAGGAUUCAUAGACCAGUGAGUGAGAUGGGGUUGUGUGCAGAGGCCCAGAUCCUGAGGAUGUUGAGGGUUGAGAUCCCCAGUGUGACCAAGUGUGAUCCUCAGCUCCUUUUGGUACCAGGAAAAAAGCCAAAGACUUUUGCACAUGAGCAGCAACAGGCUGGUAGUGAUGGUGAGCAAUUGGUGUACAGUGUCCUGCAAGGAAGUCUGGAAGCACUCCAUCAGCAACUGCCAGACUGGAGUUUUGCACUUUUCUCAGGCCUGAGUAUCCUGGAAGGUGAGACAGAGACUGAGAUGGAUGCCUGCCUUUUGAGCUUCCAUAAAGAGUCCUCCAAGAGUGCAGCCAUGUUUUGUGAGGUGAAGACCUGCAAAGAAAGAGGGGAUGUUUUGGCAUAUGAGAACAGAAGAGGUGGGAAGGUGGUGAAAGGCGCAGCUUUCCAACUCCUCACACAGACCACAUCCAUGGAGAAGAAGCUGAAGAAUUCUUCCUUGUCCUGGGUGACCAAGACCAUUGCCUUGCCCUGUUUUCCCAAUGAGACAUGCAACCCUGUCUGUGGAGCUGAAGAAGCCCUCCAAGGCUUUAUGGACUCAAUCUCUGAGGAGAAAACCAGGAAAAUAAAGGAGUAUGGAGAGAAUCCCAUUUCACUGGCUUUUAGCCAAAUCACAGUUCAUCCACUUUUUUCACAUGACCUCUCUGAAGGCAGUAGAAUGACUGAGUUUCUUAGGCACCACUUGGUGGAGAAAUCUGAGGUGCAUGAAAACUUUCCUGACCUCUUUGUGCUUGUUAUGGUCUUCUGCAAAGGAUAUCUGUUGGAAAAGUCCUUGGAUUCCCUGGAUCAGUACACAUAUGCCUUUGUGCAGAGGGACCAGGAAGCUGUGUUGAAGGACUCUGAUGGUGGCAAGAAGCCCUGGCUGAUCCUUGGUGGAAGUGGCACUGGGAAAUCCUUCCUGGCCUGGUUGAAGCUUGGCUUGUUGAAAGAGAGUGGACAAGUGACACCAGAAAAGCAGGCAGUUUAUCUGGUGCAUGAAGCAUGCACUGCUCUACAGGCUGCAUUUUAUGCACAUGCAAAUGCCAGAGAAAUUCCAGAGGACUGUUACGUGAUCAUGAGUUGUCCUCAUAAAGAGCAUGGGCAGCUGGAAGUGCUGCAAGAGAUACAAAAGGACCCAAACAUAGCCUGGGUCUUCAUUGAUCAGUUUGAAGACUCUUCAUCUGAUGUUUUUGAGAGCCAGGAUAUGCUCAAUGCUGUUGUGCAAUUGGCAUUGGUCAAGGAUGGUGUCUGGAUCAUGUUCAAUCAUGAGACCUGCAUGUCUGUUUUGUUUAAAGAUGACCUUCCAUGGGAGGAACAGUGCAAAGUGCAAUUUCUGGGCACUAGGUUGAGGAAUGCACCAAAUAUUGGCAAUUGCUUGCUACAGUCAGGCAGUUCUGGCUGGUGGCUGGCCUCCAAGUCCAUCCCACAUUUGCCAGCAGCUUGUCAAGGGGAUGGUCUGGAUCACCACCAGGUGUACAUUGUGGACUAUCUACAAGACAGCAGAGAAGUGCAUUCCAAUUCACCCUCUACAGAUGUCAUUGACAUGGACUUCGUGGAUUGUGUGGUGACAUUGGUAAAUGAGAAGGUGGACUUCUUGGACAUCUUGGUAGUUAACAAUACAGGGCAUAAAGUGACUGCAGCAACUCUUAGCAAUCUCUACAGCAGGAUGUUUUUUAGGUUUGGUAUUGAACAAAUCAUUCCACCUGACUGUGGUAGGAGACAGUAUGUGAGACAUCCAUCCAAGGUGCCCCUGAUCCUCAGAUAUCCAUUCCAGCAAUGUGAUGAAUGUGCCUCUGGGAACAAAAAUCACCAGGAGUUGACUUCCUUUGAAUCUGAAGUUCAGGAAAGAAUUGACAACAUUUUUUCCUUGUUGGAUGUUGAUAAGCUUUCUGAACAACUGCAAGACUUCCAGACCUGGCUAGAAAAACAAGAAAGCUCUUUAAAGGUGUCCUGCAUCAAGAGAGCUUGUAUAAUGCUGCUGAUCUUCACUGAUGAUGCUUCAAGACAGUUGACCUGGAGGAAGUUGACACAAGAGAGGUCAUCAAAUCUUCCAUCCAAUGUAAAUCCUGUUGAUUAUUCAGGCAUGAAAUCAAUUUUUAGUGAAUGGCAAACUAUAGCACAAGAGUGCCCAUACAUUCUCCUGAUAGAUCCAAUGGAUGUCAACCUUGCUGAGGCAGACAAGAAGCAUCUUCUGCAUUACCUUCCCUUACAGAUCCCUGAAGUUGAGCCUGGCCAUCCUAUGGACACUGAUCAUGUAGUUGUAAAAAUAAUUAAGAAGUGUAUGGAUGAAGGCAUUGACUCUGAAAGGCUCCUUCUUGUUGAUGUCAAAACAGGCUCCAAAGGACCAGGUUUCAGCAGACAUAAAGUGCAGGCUGCUUUGAGGUCAUCUGGAUUCCGUAUGUUGACCAGAGAGGUUGAGGAUAGUCUUGGCUUUGAAGGAACUUCUGAAGCUGCCAUUAGUGGGAAACUCCAGUGCAAAUCUCAGCCAGGGAAGAAGAAACAGCAGCAGAAAAAACCCCCUGCUCCAAAGCGGGUUAAAGUAGAAAUAUCCAGAGCACCUGUUGUUGUCAAUGCAGCAUUGAUUCCCUGUCCAUGGUGUAGUGCAAAAAAGCCUCACUCAGAAUUCAAAGCCUUCCAGACAACAAUUGCCAGGAUGCUGCAAACUAUUUGCACUAGCUCACAGCCAAAAGCUUGUCUGCAAUUCCUACAUGUAUGGCUCACAGAACUGAAGAAGGACCUGAAAUACUCCCCUGACUGUUUCCAGAAGCAAAUUGCCAUUUUGCUUGACAUUACAGAAAUUGCUUUUCAGCAGGAUUCUCCAAACAUCAGGUCAUUGUUCUUGGGCUGGAAUUCCAUCAGAGUCUCUGCAAGUAACUUCAUUGCUUUUGUGGACCACAGUAGUGUUGGGGGAUUUGAGUGUGAUAUUGUAAUAGCUCCCAUGGCCAGCAUGUUCUUGGUGCCUCCAGGGAAUGAUGACAUGGGCAACAGGGCGAAAUUAAAAGCUUUUGUUUUGGUGCCCAGAGAGGAAUUGGUGGAAGUAAGGAAAUUUGCUGAAGACUGGGCUUUACCUCUCACCAUCAUGGACUUGCCAUGA